AUGUACAUACCUCGAACAUGGUUUCUUCAAUCCGUCCGCGGCUACGCGUCCGCAGCUAAGAGAGGACCGAGUCGGUUGGGGAAAGCUAUUGAUUUGGAUCAUUUUAUCCAACGCGGUCGGGCAUUGGCUUUAUGGCGAACAAUCGUGCGCGGAUGUAGAAAGAUUCCAGAUGAGGGGACAAGGGAGGAAACACUGAGGUUUGCAAGAGAAGAGUUUCGCAGGAAUAGAAACGUUGAAGAUUUGACACAGAUUCGCUAUUUGAUAUCAACGGGCAAGACACAGUGGGAGACUAUGGAGAGGUAUAUUGAUGGAUUAUAA